AAACCACUAAAUUAUGACAAUCUUCAUUGAGAAAAAAACAAUUAUUGAUGGAGAAAACCUAUCCCCUGCAACCCAUUUAUCUAUCCAUGUGGGCUCACCAAAUUCUUGAUCAAAGAUUGAUCCUUCAUUUGAUAAUUGUGAACGUGUGUUUUGAAUGAUGAACACAGAAACUCGACCAUAAGAUAUUUGAUAAAAUGCGUAACCGAAAGCCUGGAAGGAAUUUGUCCGCUUUCUAAUGGAAGGACUGCAACCCAUGUCUUGAAUUCUUUAUAAGAAAAGGAAAAUUUGAAUUUUCUUCAGUUCUUGAUCUUCCAUUGGAAAUUGAGAAGAUGGAGAACAAGGGUUCGACGAGUGAAUACGAAGAUCUGUUACCUGUGAUGGCAGAGAAGCUAGAUGUGGAAAGUUUUGUGUCUGAGCUUUGCGGUGGAUUUCAAUUAUUGGCAGAGCCCGGAAGAGGGUUGAUUACGCCAGAGAGUCUGAGGAGGAAUUCGACCCUUUUGGGGAUGGAAGGGAUGAACAAAGAGGAUUCAGAAGCGAUGGUGAGGGAAGGAGAUCUGGAUGGUGAUGGAGCUCUUAAUGAGAUGGAGUUCUGUAUCUUGAUGGUUAGGCUCAGCCCUGGGAUGAUGGAAGACGCCGAGGCCUGGCUUGACAAAGCCCUCCUUAGGGAGCUUCAACGAUCUGCUUAGUUAGUUUCAAUCUCAAUUUUUAAUUUUUUUUUUUUCUCUUUUUCACAUAUUGUAAUCAUCAUUAUUGUUCCUGUUCUGCAACUCCUUCUUCCUCAGGAAAUUAGAAUGAACAGUUGUUGAUAA